AUGUAUGGUUGGGGGGAGGGAGAACUGUGGUUAAGCAACCCUGAACCCUUGGCCACCCUGUGUUUGGCCAAAAGGAAGCUGGACCUGGAGGGCAUCGGCAGGCCUGCAGUUCAUGAAUUCCGGACUCCCAAGGGGAAGUGCAUCCGAGUGGAUGGCCUGCCCAGCCCCAAAACCCCCAAGUCCCCGGGGGAGAAGACUCGGUAUGACACAUCACUGGGGCUGCUCACCAAGAAGUUCAUUUACCUCCUGAGUGAGUCUCAGGAUGGGGUCCUGGAUCUGAACUGGGCUGCGGAGGUGCUGGAUGUGCAGAAGCGACGCAUCUACGACAUCACCAAUGUGCUGGAGGGUAUCCAGCUCAUCCGCAAGAAGGCCAAGAACAACAUCCAGUGGGUAGGCAGGGGAAUAUUUGAAGACCCCACCCGGCCUGCAAAGCAGCAACAGCUGGGGCAGGAGCUGAAGGAGCUGAUGAGCACAGAGCAGGCCUUGGACCAGCUCAUCCAGAGCUGCACUCUGAACUUCAAGCACCUGACUGAGGAUAAAGCCAACAAGAGAUAUCCUCCAUGCAUGGGAAGGGGUCAGGGACAAGGGCCUGACAGGAACCCAGAGUUGAUUCAAUACCUCCCAGCAGGCACUAAGUGCCCUUAAGGUUGAGCACAUCUGUUUAUCCUUCCUUGGUGGAGUGGCUUUUUGUCUCAAGCCUAUUAGUUACUUUUCCAUUAUUAAAACAAGACAAGUACAUUUCUUGUUUUUGUUGUUGUUUUUGUUUCCUGGGGAGGCAGUACUGGGCUUUGAACUCAGGGCCUACAUCUUGAGCCACUCCACCAGCCCUUUUUUGUAUUGGGUAUUUUCAAGAUAGGGUCUCUUGAUUUUUUCCUGGGUCUGGUUUCAAUCCUCCUCCUGAUCUGUGCCUCCUGAGUAGCUAGGAUUAUAAACAUGAGCAACUGGUG